AUGCAUUGGUUCUACUCCGGGUCUGUCACAAAAUCUGCAGGGGAGCUGGAUAGCCUGGUCAAUGAGGUCCUGCUUGCAGACAACUUCAAUGUGAAUGACCUCCGCGGCUUCAAUGCCAAACACGAGCUCAACCGUCUGGAUAAGCACACUGACACUGGCGCCAACAACUUCCCAGCUGCUGAUGGCUGGCGGCAGGGCUCCGUCAAGAUCCCACUACCCAAGACCAAAGUCAAGCACACCUCAGAGGACUCUGCGCCGACGUUUGAAGUACAUGGUAUCUUCUAUCGGCCGUUGCUCACAUCCAUCAAGGCCGCAUACAAAGAUGCCUCCGCCAUGCAAUACCACAACCACACUGCCACCUCUGUCCCUAGUCCUUCAUCCUCCUACGCCCGAGCCACCACUGACAGUGAUCCUGCGCAUGCGUCCUCCCCAUCUGAACGUCUAUACUCCAAAGCAUACAACACUAACACGCUCAAUCGACUCAAUGAUGCAGUACAGAAGAAAGCAAGAGAGGACCGUGAGCCUGGUGACUCUCCCUCACUCAAGUACGGCCCUGCUAGGAUUAUGAUGUAUUUGGACUCGAUGCAUCUGACGAACUUUGGUACGGCAUCGCUUUGGCCAAUAUAUUUCUGGCUCGCUGCACUCUCAAAGUAUGUCCAUGCAAUGCCAACCAUGCUUGCUGCUCACCACCUGGCCUACAUUCCCUCUCUCCCGGAUCUCAUCAACCAGGAAUACAAGAACAAGUAUGGGUUCCUGCUGACUGCCGCCGUCCUCCUCUUUUGCAAGAAGGAGUUGACGCAGCAGAUUUGGAUGCUCCUGCUCGACAACGACUUCCUUCAUGCCUACGUGCAUGGUUUCGUUGUGCAGUGCGGCGACGGCAUCAUGCGGUGUCUAUUUCUGUGUAUACUGACCUAUUCUGUGGACUAUCCGGAGAAGUGCCUUAUUGCAUGCAUUAAGUUCUUGGGGCGAUGCCCUUGUCCUGACUGCCUAGUCACGAAGGAUUGGAUUCACCUCAUGGGUACAAAGAGGGACAUGGCCACCCGGGAAAAGAAGCCCCGCGAGGAUAGCAGCUGGCUGAGAAACAAGCUGGAACAAGUCCGGGGCUGGAUUUUUAAGCGGGGCCUACCGACUGAGGGCAGAGCUGUCAAAGCCGUGCUCGGUUCUACUUCGACAUUGCUGAAUCAGAGUGCAUUUUCGCGUCGUCUAGGCCAAUUCGGGUUUGACAUCUACCGGGCGCUCGUGCUGGAUGUGAUGCACAAGAUCAAUCUGGGGGUCUGGAAAGCCACGAUGAUGCACCUCGUGUGCAUCGUCACGACCAUUGGACAAUCACAAAUCAACAACCUCAACUCCAGGUACGAACAGCAGUGUUCAGCAGGGGAGGAUGCAUGCUCACUCGUCGUGUUUUAG